AUGGACAACAGCAGUUUGGGAUUCCUCGGAGAUGCAAACACAUCUCUUCAGAUUGAAUUUCCAUCCUGUAUUACAUUGAGGAACCAGGUCUCUCGCAUUUUCCUAUAUGCCUUCCUCUCUGUUGGCAUCGUCUGCACAGUAGUGGGAAACCUCCUUGUGGUGUUGUCCAUCGCCUACUUCAAGCAGUUGCAGUCACCCACAAACUCCUUUGUCAUGUCCCUGGCAGUGGCUGACUGCCUUGUUGGCCUGGUAGUGAUGCCGUAUAGUAUGAUUCGAACCGUGGAGGGAUGCUGGUACUUUGGUGUCCUAUUUUGUCAGCUUCACUCUAGCCUAGAUGUCAUGCUCUGCACUGCCUCUAUAUUCCAUCUCAGUUGCAUUGCCUUUGACCGCUACUAUGCUGUCUGCAACUCGCUAGUUUACUCUUUAAAGAUGUCCCGCAAUCGGGUAGCUCUCCUUAUUGUUAUAUGUUGGGCUGUUCCUACGCUCAUCUCCUUUGGCCCCAUAAUGCUAGAUCUCCAUGUUGCCGGUGUGGACAUCCUGCUUCCUAAAGAUGUAUGUGUGUUUUUGGUCAAUCGCAUUUAUGCUGUCAUGGCUUCUUUGGUAGCCUUUUACUUGCCGAUGGCUAUCAUGUUAAUAGCCUACUGGAAGAUCUUCAAAGCUGCUAAACGGCAAGCCAGGCAGAUCAGCGCCAUGGAAAGCCAGAUGGCUGCUGGAGUUGGCAAAGACUCAAGCAAGAAACGAAGACACCGAAACACAAUGAAAAGGGAAAGGAAGGCAGCAAAAACUUUGGGUAUCAUCAUGGGAGUUUUCCUUAUCUUCUGGAUGCCCUUUUUUACAGUCAACAUUGUGGACCCGUUUAUUGAUUACAGCACGGAGGUGGUUGUCUGGGAUACAUUUUUAUGGCUAGGAUAUAUCAACUCAUCUCUAAAUCCCUUCCUGUAUGGGUUCUUCAACCGUUCCUUCCGUAGGGCAUUCCUGAUGUUCAUGGGCUGCAGGGUAUGUCUGCCUGGAUCCUCCCCUGGGAUGGACCUGUCGCACACAAGGAAAGAGGCAAAUGAACGUGCAGAUUAA